AUGAGAAGAACAAUCAGGGUUAUCUGCAAAUAAACCAAAUUAGGGAUUUCAUUAGCUAGGUCACCUUCUGCUUCCUCUCCGUAUAAAACAUCACUACCACCCAAUUCGUAAACCCUAAUUCAGCCGACGAGCUGACAGACUACAACCAUGACUUUCAAGCGCAGGAAUGGUGGACGCAACAAGCAUGGACGAGGACACGUCAAAUUUAUCCGCUGUUCCAACUGCGGCAAAUGCUGCCCUAAGGACAAGGCCAUCAAGAGGUUCCUUGUCAGGAACAUUGUUGAACAAGCAGCUGUUAGGGAUGUUCAGGAAGCCUGUGUCUAUGAUCAAUACACUCUUCCCAAGCUAUAUGCCAAGAUGCAAUACUGUGUUUCUUGUGCCAUCCACUCUCACGUUGUGAGGGUUCGAUCACGCACUGACAGGAGGAACCGUGAGCCUCCACAGCGCUUCAUUAGACGCAGGGAUGAUGCGCCAAAGCCUGGACAACCAGGACAGGCCCCUCGUGUUGGAGCUGGUGGAGCUCCUCCCCGUGCUUGAAGGAACCUUUUAUGUGCUAUUUAAUUUUCUCAUGGUUUCUCAAAUUUCGUGGAUUUCAAUUUUAUUAGGAUUUUUCAAUAUAUUUUGAGGGCUUUGUUUUGAGUAUCGAAUUAUGUUUACUUCUGAAAUCCGAUCAAUUUUUUAUUUAACAGGGUCUACUACUUGGAUUUCUUUUUUGUUUUCUGUCACGACUCUAUGAUCUAUCAAUCCUUUGUAGUAAAUCUUUUA